AAACGCAGCGGCUCGCGCUCCGUCCUCCGCUCACUCCCCUCUGUCUGACUCUGUUCGCUGUGUUUGUGUUUUCCUCGCGCGGAUGGAGAGGCGCUCUGGACGAACCUGCUGCUGGAUGGAAAAGUAAAAACUUCAUUUUUUUAAGGUAAAAAGGAAAAAGCCCGUGCCGCUCGCGCCUCAGCAUGGCCUCUAUCGGGGACUUCGACCCACUCCAUUCUACAGUGCCGGCAACUAAGAUUGAAGUUACUGUCUCGUGCAGGAAUUUAUUGGACAUGGACACUUUUUCUAAAUCAGAUCCAGUUGUUGUGUUGUACACACAAGGCAUAGGUACAAAAGAAUGGAGAGAGUUUGGCAGAACAGAGGUGAUUGAAAACACGCUGAAUCCGGACUUUGUGCGGAAGUUCGUUCUGGAUUUCUUCUUUGAGGAGAAGCAGAAUCUUCGGUUUGAUGUGUACAAUGUGGACACAAGAAGUUCAAACAUCUCCAAACAUAAAGAUUUCCUGGGCCAGACGUUUUGCACACUUGGAGAGAUCAUUGGCUCCACAGGCAGUCGCAUGGAGAGAACAUUAUCUGGGAUUCCAGGAAAGAAAUGUGGAACCAUCAUCUUCACCGCUGAGGAGCUCAGCAACUGCAGGGAUAUUGCUACUAUGCAGCUGUGUGCCAAUAAACUGGACAAGAAGGACUUCUUCGGCAAAUCUGAUCCUUUCCUGGUCUUCUACCGCAGCAACGAGGAUGGAACGUUCACUAUCUGCCACAAGACAGAGGUGAUCAAGAACACACUGAAUCCAGUAUGGCAGCCCUUCACUAUUCCCGUGCGUGCGCUCUGUAAUGGCGACUACGACAGGACUGUUAAGAUAGAUGUGUAUGACUGGGAUCGGGACGGAAGUCAUGACUUUAUCGGAGAGUUCACCACCAGUUACAGAGAGUUGUCCCGGGGUCAGAGCCAGUUUAAUGUGUAUGAGGUUUUGAAUCCGAAAAAGAAAGGAAAGAAGAAGAAAUACGUGAACUCUGGCACAGUGACACUGCUGUCUUUUAAAGUUGAAUCUGAAUACACGUUCGUAGACUUCAUCAGAGGAGGGACACAGCUCAACUUCACUGUGGCCAUAGACUUCACUGCAUCAAAUGGGAACCCAGCCCAGCCAACCUCGCUGCACUACAUGAGCCCAUAUCAGAUGAACACCUACGCCAUGGCACUGAAGGCAGUGGGGGAGAUCAUCCAGGACUACGACAGUGACAAGCUCUUCCCCGCAUAUGGCUUUGGAGCCAAACUGCCACCGGAUGGCAAAAUCUCUCAUGCGUUUCCUCUGAACGGUAACAGUGAGGAUCCAAACUGUGUGGGUAUAGAGGGGGUGCUGGAGGCUUACUUCCAGAGUCUCAGAACAGUCCAGCUGUACGGGCCGACCAACUUCGCCCCGGUCAUUAACCAGGUAGCACGGUCAGCGCAGGAUGUGACUGAUGGCUCGCAGUAUUUCGUGCUGCUGAUGAUCACAGAUGGAGUCAUCUCAGACAUGGUGCAGACCAAAGAGGCCGUUGUCAGCGCCUCUGCUUUACCCAUGUCCGUCAUCAUUGUGGGUGUGGGCCCUGCUGAAUUUGAUGCUAUGGAGGAGUUAGACGGUGAUGAUGUCAGAGUGUCCUCUAGGGGGCGCUUUGCCGAGAGAGACAUCGUGCAGUUCGUUCCGUUCCGGGACUACAUUGACCGCUCUGGUAACCAGGUCCUGAGCAUGGCUCGACUAGCUAAAGACGUUCUGGCGGAGAUCCCUGACCAGCUACUGUCCUUCAUGAAGAGCAAAGGAAUUGACCCUCGCCCCGCGCCCCCUGCCUCAGGGACACCCACCAAGCCCCCUCUCAACACACGCAUCUGAGAGGAAGGUGGCUGAAAGGAGGAGAAGGAAGGACUGGAGUUCUAGGGAGUUUUAACGGGGCAUGUAAACAAACUGGUGAUUGGCCCCCUACUGUCAAUGUAAUAUAUACUGGUGAUUGGCCACCUGACUGCUGACAGCACCUACACAGAAUUUCACUCAGAAGAACGACAUUUCCUUACCAACAUCUGUACUCAGUAUGCUCCAUUCUAAAAAGAGAGAGAAGAAAACUACAGAAAAGGAAGCAGAUGCUCUGCCCACAUGUUAGUGCUGCUAAAUGCCUUGGAACAUCACAAACAAGACAAUUUCAUGUGACCAAAAAAAAAAAACAACAAACUUUUUCAUCAUCUGGCAGAGAUGUGAACCCAUUAAAAGUUGAAGGAAACACCUGGUCUGAUUCUAACAGAUUCUGCAGACA